UCCACAAUAAUAUCCAAUUCUUGUAUUUUUGUACUGAAUGUUUAUUUUCAUUAUAUGUACAAGUAUACUUAUAUAUGAGUUACCAAAUAACACCGUUUUAAAAUUGAACCAGAAGCUUUAGUAAAUAAUGUAUCAGAUCUGAUUUAAGAUUUACUUAACCUGUACUUUUAAAGUUAAACAGUAGUCGAAACUUUAAAAAAUGUAUGGAAUACGUUUAUUGCCAAGGGCUUUACAAUAUCGGCGGUUUUCAACUAUUGUCAAUUAUGCAAGACCCCUAAUUUUAAAUAAUAAAGUUUCAAAAAUAAGGGACUAUAGUUCUAUAGCGGUAGAAGAUAGUUAUAUUAAGAAAUUCAUGAAUGCUGUAGGAUGGAUGGAUCAAUCACGAACGCGACUAAAACUAACUGGAUAUUUUCUAUAUGAAUCUGUACCAGAAAAAGUUGCAUAUCAGGAAUGGUUUGAGAAAUUAGACUUACCUGAUACUUUUGCCUCUUGGUUUGUUGUCACAGAACUGCAUGUGUGGUUAAUAUUAGUGAGAUAUAUGGCUGAAGAUGUCACUUCAAUUACUAACGAUAAGAAGAAAUAUGUAAAAGGUGAUGGUCAUUUUGUAAGGAAUUGUGUUAUAGAAGCACUAUGGGCUGAUGUUGCUAUGAGGGUAAAGUUAUUAGAGGGUGCAAAUCCUGCAAUAGCAAGGAAACAAGUGACAGAACUGUCGGAACAAUUUCAAGCAGCUCUAGUUGCUUAUGACGAGGGUUUGAGUGAUGAUAAAAUAAUGGCAUCGGCUGUGUGGCGCAGAUUUUACUCACUAUCUGAAGAUGCUAAUGCUAUGGAUAUUGAGAAGAUUGUUCAUUUCAUUAGACAUCAGGUAUCAGAACUUGAUAAGAUUCCCAGUAAAGACUUAAAAUGGAAACCUGUCUUUACUUGGUUAAGUAUAAACGAUCAUUAGCUAUGGAUAUAUACAAAUAAGUAGAUCAGUUGAUUGUUAUUUAUUGUUUGUAAAUAAAAUGAAUAAAUCAUG